AUGGCGUCCACCGCACCGGACGCUCCCCCACCACCCCGCUCCCGCUCUCCUUCCCCACCACCACUCGACAAGCUCACCUUGGAGAGCAGCAUCGCUGCGCGAUUACCCCCAGCAGCAUCGAGUCCCACACGCCCACAAGUACAGAUGACUGAAUCUGCCCCCAUCCUCCCAUACCACUCCCCAACGUCCCCAAUCUCCCCUGCCGCAUCACCUUCGUCCACCCUCGCCCGUGCUCAGCAAACACGGCCAACACCAGGCCUACCUGGCGCGUCCGCUGGCUCGCCGGCGUUGGCCCGUCCACCCUUGGGCGGAGUACGCCCCCCAGCUGGCCGUGGAAUGCCUGGUCCGAUGGGCAUGCGUGCCCCGGCAUCGAUGGGUCAGAUGCAGACCCGUCUCCCUCCAUCGCUGCAAGCCAAGAUGAAUAAGCUUGCGGCACAACGUAGCGGUGCACCGAGCCCAACGACCAGCAAUGGCAUGGGCCCCUCACCCCAGGCAACGUCGAUGGGUGCCCUCCUUCGUUCGCAGGCGAUGCGCGCCGCCCAGCCAGGCGGCACAACUGGCCCAAACGCGGGCCCGCUCGGCCUAGCUGCGCGCCGCACGAUGGGCCGCCCCGCAUUGAACCUCUCAGCGCCACCGACAGGUCUUCCGGGGCGUGCAGGAGGCAUCGCCGGACGCCGUGGUCCCCCCGGCGGCCUGUCGCUCGCGCAGAUGGGCGGCGGAGCAACACAUGAAGCGUCUGAUUCAUCCAAGUUCAGCGAUUUCAAAAAGAUCAUGGACCCGUCAGGCUCGCUCAAGUUCUCAAAGGCCGUGCUGCACUCGGGUGGCGUCGACUUUGGUGAUGGCCAGAGCUUCAAGAUCAACAUGGACGAGAUGGAGGUGCUCGGCGAACUCGGCAAGGGCAACUAUGGCAGCGUGCAAAAAGUGUUCCAUCGCCCAACGGGUGUCAUGAUGGCCAUGAAGGAAAUACGCCUCGAACUCGACGAGUCCAAGCUCAACGGUAUCAUCAUGGAGCUUGACAUUCUGCAUCGCGCCGUCGCACCCGAGAUUGUCGAGUUUUACGGCGCGUUCACGAUCGAGUCGUGCGUCUACUACUGCAUGGAGUUUAUGGACGCUGGCUCGCUGGACAAGCUUACCGGCGUUCGCGCACUACCUGCCAAGACGGCAACGGCCAACGACACCGCGGCACCGGCCGAGCCACAUGUGCCCGAACCUGUCCUCCGGAGGAUAACUGCCGCAAUCGUCCGUGGACUGCGGUUCCUGAAGGAUGAGCUCCAGAUCAUGCACCGUGACGUCAAGCCCACCAACGUGUUGAUGAACAGCAAGGGCGAGGUCAAGCUGUGCGACUUUGGUGUGUCUGGGCAGCUCGAGAAGAGUCUGGCAAAAACCAACAUUGGCUGCCAGAGCUACAUGGCCCCCGAGCGCAUCAAGGGCGAGUCGCAAAACCAGGUGUCCACAUACACCGUCUCGUCGGACGUGUGGUCUGUCGGCCUCAGCAUUAUCGAGAUUGCAACCGGAACCUACCCUUACCCGCCCGAGACGUUUGCCAACGUCUUUGCCCAGCUCACCGCCAUCGUCAACGGCGCAGCCCCCACCCUCCCGGAUACCUACAGCGCCGAGGCGCGUGACUUUGUGGCCAAGUGCCUGCUCAAGGACCCCAACACGCGCCCGACAUACGCACAGCUCCUGGAACACCCCUUCCUUGCCGGUACACACGCCGACGACGACAUCGACAUGGCCGCCUGGGUCACGGGCCAGAUGGAGAUGUACGCCAACCGACAAGUCGUGCCACUCGCCCACGUCGAGAUCGAGUAG